ACGACAUCUACGAACGGGUGUGUGCAAACCUUCAGUACAUAUCGUCCAUUUCGCUCUCCUACAAGCCGCCAUCCUACCAUCCUACCGACUCAUGAUUUGUUCGUUUCUAUAUCUCCCUAUAUUCGUAGCCUGGGUCGGAGUAGCCGGAGUAGUCCUAGCCAGCAAGAUGGUAUUGCGGACUGCGGCACCGUCGUCCGGGUACACCGAUGCACUAGGGAAUCCGGUGGUGCCGUCAGAGUGGGAAAUGAAGUUGUGGGAGGAGGGAGCUGAAGGAGAAAGCCCGACGUCGGAGCCGCGGCGAACGGAAGGACCGAGAACGUGAAAUUCGACGGCGAUCGUUUAUGCGCAUUCCAAGAUUUUGAUGUGCGGACCACACUGGAAGACUUGCAGAUAUUGGAUUUGUGCUAUUUCGGCUUCCGUUGGUGCGCAUUUGCUGGGGUGGAGUUGGUCUGGGCCGCUGGGUGGUGACAGUCCUCUGGGGUUUGGAGCCGAUGUGGGGUCGGCAAUCGGAGUCGGUGGUUGUUUUUUGUUGGUUUUGUUGGUUUUGCUAUUGCCAUUAUUGUUGCUAGCGGGGACCGGGCCGUCAUGACCGUGGCCGUGGCCGCAUCUGUUGCGGAGUUUAGCCAGACGUGCACAUCUAAUUGAAGUGAG